GUGCUGUCAUGCAUUUGACAUACAACUGUGCGCGGUUCCUUUAAGAGACCCCGGAAGUGGAUGUGUAUUGCAACACUAAUACAAGGUUUAUUUUGGUGCGUAUUUGUCAGGCGCGCAAUGACAUCCUUCCACUUAUGUACAACCGCGCGCUCUUUGCUAAAGUCUUAUCGACACAGAGCAGUGUUAAAAACGGUCCAGGGACUCAGAGUGUGGGAGUUCAGAAACAUGUAUCCAUGUACUUCCAUCGCAGUACACAGCAGCAUGGAGGAGAUCCUGAGAAAGACAGUGGCCCCAUUACCCACCUAUGAGAUGAGAGACAAAUCUCCACCUCCACCCGAAUCCAACAGUCUGGAGUUCAUGCACUUCUACAAGAGUUUAGAGAAAGAGCAAAAGCUGGAGUUUCUCGAGAAGUUGUCUCAUGAUUUCGGGGUAGAUCACAGAUGGGCUUCGGAUCUGGCUUUGAAGUUGCUGGACACUCAGGGGCGGGAUGUGGCCACCAUCCUGCAGGUGGAGGACAGGUUACGGUACAGUUUAACACCCCGGUACCGACAACUGCUCACGCACAUCAGCAAGGUUCAGGGCGGGGUGAAGUUUCUGGUGGACCUCAGGGCAGAUCUCAUCGAGUUCGCCUCCUUAAAAAUUUGUGAUAGCUCACAUAUGAGGGAUCUGAACAGCACUCUGAAGAGUCUUCUGUCAGAAUGGUUCUCUGUUGGGUUACUUCGACUGGAAAGAAUCACUUGGCAGUCCCCGUGCGAGAUCCUUCAGAAGAUCAGCCAGUACGAGGCGGUCCAUCCUGUGCGGAACUGGACGGAUAUCAAACGCAGAGUGGGGCCGUACCGGAGAUGUUACGCCUUCACCCACGCCUCCAUGCCUGGAGAGCCACUGGUGGUGCUGCACGUUGCCUUAACUGAGGACAUAGCAAAUAAUAUCCAGGGAAUUGUAAGAGAGUUUUCCACUCUAGACGCGGCCGAAGAUGUUAACAAGAUCAAUGCAGCCAUCUUCUACUCCAUCUCCUCCACUCAGGCCGGAUUGCAGGGGGUGGAGCUUGGAAACUACCUCAUCAAGAGGGUGGUCCGAGAACUGCAGAGUGAAUUUCCCCACAUGGCCCAGUUCUCCAGUCUGUCUCCCAUCCCCGGCUUCUCCUUAUGGCUACAAGGGGCUCUCAAUCAGCACAAGAAGGAAGGACGUGCCAUAGAGCUCCUGUCUGAGCAGGAGUGGAGGGAGGUGGAGGAUGUGAUGGGAGCCGCCCCCGGUGCCCCUGCUCUGGAGGCCCUGCGCAGGCUCAUCAGCACCAGCGAGUGGAUCCGCUCCGACCGCCUGGUCCGCGCUCUGGAACCUGCGCUAAUGCGGCUCUGUGCAUGGUACCUGUAUGGAGAGAAACGACGAGGCUACGCCCUAAACCCUGUGGCCAACUUCCAUCUUCAGAAUGGUGCCACCAUGUGGAGGCUGAACUGGCAAGCGGACACAAGCCCGCGAGGAAUUGCCAACUCUUGCGGCAUAAUGGUUAAUUAUCGCUACUUUUUACAAGAGACCAGCACUAACAGUGCCGCCUACCUGCAGAAUAAAGUCAUCAAGGCUUCGGAGCAGGUGCUGGGACUGGUGUCGCAAUCCCAGAAGAACAGCAAACUCUGAGUCAAAUCUGUGGCUCUGAAUGUGUACACGCAAAUUCAGUGUUAUCAUUUUUGAUAACUCUGAUCUGCACAGGGUGGACAAACACAAUGAAGAUUUAAACAAGCCUUAUGUGGAUCUACAACUGAAACCAGCAAGUCACAUUUCAUUGUUAGUUCACAAAUGGACAGUUGUACUCUGCCUUUCUGAAAGAUAAUAAUCCAAUAAAUCCAAUUUUAAAGGUAUAGUUCACCAAAAAAAAAGAAAAUUCUGGCAUCAUAUAUCCAAAUCUGAAUGACUUUCUUUUUUCCUUAGACAAUUGUCCUGCAGCUUUUUCAUCCAGCAGCAGUUCAUAAUGACAACAUAAUGUCAUAGAUAGAAUUAUUAAAAGUAUUAAAGUAGUCCAUAUGAUUUACCCACUAUAUUCUGUGAAGUCAUACAACUUUUUCUGAAGAAUAAAUUGAAAUUUAAAUCAUUAUUUGCUCUCAAAUUGUUCAUGCAAAUCACUUAUGAAUAUUUAGCACUUAUGGCACAGGUUUGAUGUCAUUACAUGCAAGAACCAAGGACAUUUGAUGCUAUUGAUGCCCAACCUGCAUAUUUGAUUUGUGAGCAGUAAUGAAUUAAAUAGCUUGUUUUAUAAUAUUAAGCUACCUUAAUAAUACUUUAAGUAUAGUUCACGAGUUAUACAGACCACUUUCUUUUUGGAAAUUGAUCACUACUGUUGUAUAUGUAGUACACGCAUAUAACUUUACUAUAACUUGUAUUUUGAGAUGGCCUUCUCUGAUAAUAAUGCAGAAGUUUAUUCAGUAUUCUGAAAGAUUCAGAGUUCAUUCAACGAUGGAACGGUCCAAUCCGUAAUUCAUGAGGUUGACUGUUUUUGAGUGACUCUUUAAAAAGAAUCAGUUCUUAAGAGUCAUUUGUUCAGAAAUCGAGAUACUCUUUGUAUUGUAACAGAACUAGACAGAAAGAUUUCCUCGCCAUUAUUUUGCCGGUUAUGGAUACAGGAUUUUGGGAUCUGAUAACUAUGUAAAUACUAUUAAAUAUAUACAAUUCAACUGUAAAACAUAACAUAAAAUACAUAUAAAGCAACAUACAGUUUGACAUGAAGGUAAGUAAAUGAUGGCAGAAUAUUCAUUUUAAGUGAACUAUCCUUUUAUCACGUUUACUAUUAUGAUGUUAGAGAGAUUUCACUUAAUUUUUUUUAGGUGUGCCAAAUCUCCACUAAUUUCAAGCAAGAAAAGGAUAAUCGUCCAAAUGAAGCUUUUUUUUUGUCCUUUUCUGCAGUGCUUGAGCCUCUGUUUGAUUAGCCGGUUGCUGAUUUUGAUGUAGACUUAUGCUACACUUUGAAAGACUGGAGGUAAUGAAGCGGGAAGAAUCUAUCAGCCCCUGUCAUGUCUUUGCCUUCUCAGCGUGUGUACGUAAGAGAGCGUUCCAGCGCGACUGAGUGGAAGCUGCUGUAAUAAAUGAUGUUUUGAUUCCUUCAUUAGUGUGAUCUGAUUCACUGUGAAAUGGCUGGAUGUUCAAAUCUCUAUGUAAAUGUGUCUCAAUGUGCCAGCUAAAAAUGUUUAUUUAUGAAUUAAAAUUCUGCUUCUUUUCCAAAAA